AUGAUGCCUCAGAAGGUUUUCGUAGUAUUCAGCGUAUUAUUCUUAGCGGUUUCUGCUAAAAAAGCAGAGAAAGUGAAAGUAGAGGAUCUACUGACAUCUGCUUCCGGUUAUGGUGGAGGUGGAUACGGCGGUGGAGGAUAUGGCGGUGGAGGAUUUGGUGGUGGAGGAUUCGGCGGUGGAGGAUUUGGAGGUGGAGGAUACGGAGGCGGGAAACAUGCCGUUGUUUUAGCCGUUCCUGUUAGCCUAGCAGUUGGAAAAGGAGGAUAUGGUGGUGGUGGAUUCGGAGGUGGUGGAUUCGGAGGUGGAGGAUUCGGUGGUGGAGGAUUUGGAGGUGGUAAAUACGGCGGAGGAGGCUACGGUGGCGGCGGAUAUGGAGGUGGUGGAUACGGAGGCGGCGGUUACGGAGGAGGCGGUGGUGCCGGUAAAAGUGUUGCGCUCCUUAGUGUUGGUGUAACUCACGUAAAAGGAGGAGGAUUCGGCGGUGGUGGACUUGGUGGAGGUGGUGGAUUCGGAGGAGGUGGAUAUGGAGGAGGCGGUUACGGUGGUAGCGGCUAUUAG